GGGAGGAAGAUUGUGAAACGGAAGAGACGAGCACAACGGAAUUCGAUCUCUGAAGCAUCACGAUCUCGUUCUUGAUGUUUGGGGAUUGAAAAACUCGGACAUUUGAUAUGGAGUUUCUGGCUUAGAUCGUAAAAUUGUUGCAUGAUACGUGAAAGAACGGAAGACGGAGUUUAGCUCCGUCUGGAGCCCAUUUUCUUGGGCGAUUGGCUACUGGAUCGGAGGCCACCGGAACUGGGAUUUGGUGUUUUCAGAGUCUUUCUGCUCUAUGACUUGAUCUUCAACGGAGAGGUUCUCUUUUUGGGGAGUGGAUAUUCUUUUAGUCCUUAAGUUAGUGGGAACGCGUAAUUAAAAAUCUAAAGGUUGGAAAGGAUUUGGCGAUCUGCGGGGCGCAGACAUGUACCGGUCGGCGGCGUCCAUGGCUACGUCCCGAGGGGGGGUGGCCACUGAUAGCGGGGACAAUGUCGUGACGCUCGACCAAGUUCCGCGUUGGAUUGAUGUAGAGCAACGUUCUUUGUCUCCCCGUGAUGGUGACGACCAUCCGUUCUCAGACCAGUGUUUUGCGGAUCCACUGAUAGCCCCUUCUACUGCGGAGACCAGCUCCGCCGGAACUCUGUCGAAGUUUCCAGUUGAUAACGACAUCAAUUCGAAGAUCUAUUUAUGGCGUGGCCAACCAUGGAACCUUGAGGUUGAUGCGGUAGUUAAUUCCACGAACGAGAGCUUGGAUGAAGCACACAGCAGUCCUGGACUGCAUGCUGCUGCUGGACCUGGUCUUGCUGAAGAAUGUGCCACACUGGGUGGAUGUCGAACUGGUAUGGCAAAAGUUACCAAUGCAUAUGACCUUCCUGCUAGGAGAGUGAUUCAUACGGUUGGUCCAAAGUAUGCCGUGAAAUACCAUACUGCUGCAGAAAAUGCUCUUAGUCAUUGCUACCGUUCAUGUCUUGAACUUCUAAUUGACAAUGGACUUCAGAGUAUUGCUAUGGUCUGCAUAUAUACAGAGGCAAAAAAUUACCCACGAGAACCAGCUGCCCAUGUAGCAAUUAGAACUGUUCGACGAUUUUUGGAGAAACAAAAGGAUAAGAUCAACGCAGUCGUAUUUUGUACAACCACAUCCUAUGAUACAGAAAUAUACAAAAGACUGCUUCCACUUUAUUUCCCCAGGGAUAAACUUGAAGAGGAGUUGGCACUAUCAAAGCUUCCGGCAGAUGUAGGGGACGAAAAUGGUGAAACAACUAUCGAUGAACGUAAAAUCAGAAUUAAGCCUUUACCUGCUGUGUCGGCAACUGUAUCUAGACCACCUUCACCUGAGGUUAAUCAUCCUAGCAAUGAUGUUGGUGAUGUUGGUUGUGUACAAAGAAGGCACACGUCAUCCUUGGAUUCAUACUUGGAUCCUGCAUUCAUGUCGUUGACAAAGGAUCCAGAUCAGAAGCGAAAAGAACAAUGGGAAAAGGCUGCUCAAGCUCAGGCUGGGUGGAACUGUGCUAAAUUUUUUGGAUUUGGUGACCUUGGUAGCCCUCCACUAACUCCAGCAGAGGAAUAUUCACUUCAUGCCAGAUAUCUUGCAAAAGCAAAUUCACUUAAUCUUUCAGAAAUUGCUGAAAUGAAGAUUGUAUAUCGUGGGGGUGUGGAUAGCGAGGGACGCCCUGUCAUGGUUGUGGUGGGCGCUCAUUUUCUACUCCGUUGUCUUGAUCUGGAGCGCUUUGUCCUGUAUGUUGUCAAGGAAUUUGAGCCAUUGAUACAGAAGCCUUAUACAAUUGUCUACUUUCAUUCUGCUGCAUCUUUACAACUGCAGCCGGAUUUAGGAUGGAUGAAGCGAUUACAACAAAUACUAGGCCGAAAACACCAGCGUAAUUUGCAUGCAAUAUAUAUGCUGCAUCCGACGUUUGGAUUGAAGGCUACAGUCUUGGCCUUACAGUUGUUUGUUGAUGGAGAAGUGUGGAGAAAGGUCGCGUAUGUUGAUCGACUUCUACAGCUGUUCAGACAUGUCCCACGGGAACAGUUGACUAUCCCUGACUUCGUUUUUCAGCAUGAUCUUGAAGUGAAUGGAGGAAAAGGCCUUAUUGUAGACCCGAGAACCAAAUAUAUAUAUCAUCGGUCUCCUGGAUCAAAUCCAUCUUCUUUGCCUACCAACAGAAGCUUAACCUAAUAAUGCUAAUGAUAUUGGAGGUUCAGAGUGUACUUUUGUAUCUAGAUGUUGGGCUGCCACAAGAUAGUGUGAAUAACUUGAGGUUGAUUUUGAUUCUUGAUCUAGUCUGCUAGUACAUGUAAAGUUCUUCAUUGUGAUUAUGAAAAGCAGAUCUCGUCCCCACUUCUUUGCCGUUAAACGGUUAUGUAAUAAAGUUGGUAAGAAUAUUUCCUCUUC